GUGGACCCGCCAGCUGAUUGGUCCGGCUCGCUAGGUUGUUCGGACCUCCACAGCGGUACCUCUAUGGCGACAUCAUCUGAGCUGCCUGCGUUUCAUACGCUUCAUGGGAAACACCCGUGCACAAUCAUGCUGCACUCAUCAACGAUAGGAAUGGACUUUCAACAGUUUCCACUGAGUGAGGGCGAUGAAGCAUUUUUCUUCGAAGACAAUAAGGACACAAUCGCCUAUUACGACUUAGAACCGCUUGCCGGUUUAAGCGGCCUCGGUCCAUUGGCGAUGCCACCAGGUCAGGCUGUUCCACCAUCGGGAUCGCCUUACCUCACCGUUACCGGACUUACUCCAAUGGGUCUGCCUUUAACCAGCCAGCCACAAGCAUGUCCACCAACCGAGUUUGGACCCCCGCUAGAUCUCAACGCCACACAAGUUUCAUCACCUGUGCAGCUGCAUCCGGUUUCACCUGUACCACCACCUGUAUCCGGCGAUCUGCUGCUCAACGGCUGGUCAUCGAGUGCAGGAUCGGUGCUCCAGUCAAACCACGUGAGUCAACAGACGGGCGUAGUCAUGCAACUUCAGAACCCAACAGCGUUCUCUCCCAGCGAUUACAGAGAUGAUCUUCGUCAUCAUCGCUAUGGACGAGAGCUCGCAGCUCUACCCAUCAACGGAAGCCAACCUCAAGUCUGCAUCAAAUCGGAGGAGAUGGAGGAGCGCCUCGAUCUCGACGCCUAUCAACAACUUCAACAUAACACAUACCAACAACAUCACUUGCAACAGCAGCAGCAGCAGCAACAGCUGCACCAGCAUCAGCUCACUAGCCCAACUAACAGCGACAACAAUUCCAGCCAACCCUCACGGCCGCACAGUCUUCAGUUAGCCCAGGCUAACGGAACCGGGGAACAAAAUACCAUUAAUACGCAACUUCUUUUUGUUGGGGGACCAGAAGAGGCCGAUGCGCUUUCAACUUGCAGUUCCUCGGUUAGCACACCCGAUUCACAUUCACACUAUACCUCCGAGCCUCGAACCACCUCCAAUGCCAACAAGGGAAUGGGGAAGCUUUGGGAGUUUAUCAGAGAUUUACUGUUAAACCCCGAAACGAACCCGUCACUAAUCAGAUGGGAACGGCGGGAGGAAGGCGUUUUCAAGUUUGUGCAGAGCGACAAAGUAGCUAAAAUGUGGGGCGAUCGAAAACAGAAUCCUCGAAUGACCUACGAGAAGCUUUCACGCGCAAUGAGAUAUUACUACAAGAAUCAAGUUCUGCUGCCAGUUUUUGGCCGACGACUUGUCUACAAAUUUGGCCCCAACGCUACUGGAUGGCGACCGAGUUAGGCCGGCAGCUUUGCACAUUUUUACAUUUAAACACCACGAAAACAGUAUGCAACCAGUUGGAUAAGUAGACGAAUAAGGUGAAUCCAUCUCAGGAACAUUUCCAUGCGUUUAAGAUACCUAAACAUAGGCUGAACGACUAAGGUUAACCCAACCCGUCUGCUACGAUUAAUACUUGUCUUCGCUUAACAACCUGUCUAAAGAGUACCUGCAAUAUUGGGCUGCAUUGACGUCCCGUCUACAUUACUCAUUGUUACUGCUUAUUUCUCAUCGGGCCCGACCCAAGGACGAUUUUGAUCUUGAUCCCCUCUAGCCAACUGAACAUGAAACUUUGUGCGAGAUUGAACUGCUAUUUAUUUUCAAACGCAGCUGCGCGCGUUUGUUUUCAGCUUGGGUUGUUUACUACUCAUACGUACCUUGUACUAUAAUCUAAUAACGGAAAUAACGCAUCAUAGUUGAAAAAUUUUCUAGUUUAUUAUACUACUGAAAGGCGGAUCCCUAGCUUGCUAGUCUAUUCCACUACUUCAGUAUAGUUGUUGUGGUAUUGCAGGAAGAAUCUCGAUUACGUAGUCCGCAUUAUUUUGCAGAACGUAAUUGUAAUAUAUUUUUUUCUAAAUAUAAGCCGUACAUAGAAUAGAUAGAUAAUCAAAUGUCUCACAGUUCGAUCUACCAACCUAUAGAUGUUUGUUCUCAGAUACGAACUGGAUGUUGAACGAAAGAAAAAAGCGAUGGCGUGCUGCACAGGAGUACAGUUGUAUUAAAUUAAACGAUUAAGCGUUCAUGAGGCAGUCUACAGAGACAAUACUGUUGACUUUGGCGUUGACUUUGACCCACGAUCAGUGUAGUAUAAAGUGAACGAAAAAACAAAGUAAGAGAACAGUUAAGAGGAACGAGUGGUCCUACUGGGGGCUUCUGUGCUAGUACAGAAUGUCUAAAUUAUAUUGGCAUAUUAAAUGGUAGACAGAGCCGACGGGAAGCACUGAAUGAAGUCGUAUUGCAGAGGCGGUACGUCCUUAAUGGUUGAAAAAACAACUGAAGUUUUUACCCUCUAUUUAGAAGGGAUUUUUCAAUGAGUAGUUUUUGAAAAGCAAGGACCUUGUUGUCGCCAAGCGAAAAAUGUUCUCGAAGUGCGUAUACGUCUAUUUUAUUAAUUACGACCACGAUCUGUACAUUACUUUCCAUCACUUUCAAAUCGGUUUUGUUAGUAACGAUGAUGAUGCUUAAUGCUAUACUUAAUAUUUGACCGUUGUUGUGUAGUUGUGAAUGCUAUGACAACAUUGAUUAAUUAAAGAUUAUUCGAAGACACAUUGCAGAAGACAAAAAGCAAAAAAUGUUCUGCAUAUAGAGAGGCAGCUUUUAGAGACAACACUAUUUUCAUGUUAACUAUUAAAUCUUCUACCAUUCCAUGAAAAGAUCAUGCCAUAAUAUUCAUGUCGGAGACUUGAGCUACAAGCACUAGGAUCAUUCGACAGUAAGAUACUUCGAUGAGUGCAAGUCGUUCAUGGACACAAUUUACGCAUAUAUAGAUCUAUACGAUGAAUCGGGACGAAAUCGAAUGUUACACACGGGUGUUGUUUGUUACCUUCUUAGGAGUGUUUGAAUAUUAAUAUAAGACUUAUAUAAUGCUCUAAUAUUUACAAUAGGACGAUUCUGUUGUAAGCUUUGCUUCAUCAGUUAGUAAAAAUACAUUAAAUGCGUAUGCCAGGGUGGUCUAGAAAUUCUCCUUUUGCGAGGGUUUUUAAAAACUCGUGUGCCUUAAAUAGCAGUAUGUAUCUAGUUGUAGUUGACGCUAUGCAUUAGGUCAAUUUGAGCUAGCCACGUUUUCCAAACUACAUUCCUUUGUACAUACAUUUUUUUUAGAAAUGGGGAAUGCGCCCACAUCGACCAGGUUAUGAUCUGAGAAUAUAUCAGCGUUGAAUAAAGGGAUCGUUGUUGCCUGAUUGUAAUAAUCUGUUAUAUACUUCUAUAUAAAGCGCUAUUUUUUGCGUAACAAAAAAAAGUAACACGUUGCGGUUGCAAAAACUAAGAACGGAGUAACACGAUGCGACCUUCUUAUAGGACAUUAUCGAACGGCUAUUACAAACCAUGAAAAUCAUUCAACAUCUAAGGGCAUUGUUGGCGUUUGUUCACCAGUGGGGUCUCGUCUAUUAUGAAAGGCACUACGGAAGUAGGAACCACCCAGUACAGUACCUCGUCUAUGGUUAUAUAUAUAUAUUUAUAUAUAUGACUUGUGGGAAUUAUGCGAAAUGAAAUAAGGGGCUGAUUAACACAACAGUCUAAGAGUGAACUACGUAUCUAUUUGCGUGGACAGGAUUAGCUGUGCGACGUAGGCCAAGGAGUAUUAUUGAUAGAAUAAGAGGUAGCCGGCUGUGUGCAAUGUUCACCGAAGACCGGUUAAUGUCACGAAAGCUCUGUUAUAGAGUGCAUGUUCCUGAUACACUGUUCGCCUUGUUGAAUGGGGCUCCGAAGCAAUCGGACGUGCCAACAGUGCGUGUGUUGUGUGAUCAACUGUAGCUUUGUUUCUGCAAACAGCACAAUAGUGCUCAAUAGGGACCACAGGACAGAAACAGAACUAAUUAUAAAACUGCUAGUUGACUCUGUUAGAGCGGCUUUUGUUUCAGCGUUGUAUUAUCGUAUUAGACGAAACUGCGUGUCACCGUGCCUGUACUACGUGCAAUAAACUAUCUUGUUUUGUGUAAACCGUCAAUGAUUUGUAUUUGUUCUCUUUACCUAGGCCUAUUAUGAAUCUAGAUAGAAAUUCUAAAAACUCGAACAGCACAUUAGACUUAUUUACAAAAAUCAUGAUGCCAGAAAAAAAAAAGCAACAAGA